AAAACACAACAAUCAUCAGGCUACCAUAAGUGUUGAGUUAGCUGAUUUAGCAAGGUUCUCUCUAAUUAGCAAUGCCUUCUUUUAGCAAAAUUCUAUGUGACACAGAUGCGAAGAAACAAAUGGCAGUCCAAAGCGACUUUGUUGGUCAUCUCCCGGAGAGCAGAGGAGGGGAAACGGUAAGUUUUCCUGUCGUGGACGUAAAUUUGGGAACAACUUGGCAGUUUGGGUAUUAUGUUCGGAGGGAAGGGCACCCGAAACCAGUUUUUCAAGGGGGCUGGCAUGAUUAUCGCCGCCACAGAGAUCUCAAAGCGGGUGAUAAAAUUACCUUUUCGGCAGAUGGCGGCAACUACAGCAUCCAAGCAGAAAGGAAAAUCAGACUGAUGGGUCAAGAUAUCUGGACUAGUGCGUUCGAGCCUGAACAAGCAGCUGGCGGCAACUACAGCAUCCAAGCAGAAAGGAAAAUCAGACUGAUGGGUCAAGAUAUCUGGACUAGUGCGUUCGAGCCUGGACAAGCAGCUGGUUGAUGUUUUUGUUUUGUGAAUUAUAAUGGUGGCAGCUUCAGUUCAAGUACCUUGUUAAUUUUGUUUCGCGGAGUUGUGUCUGUUUCCAGUUGCGGUUAAUUAAAUGUUAUGUUCUGA